GUUCUUUAGAAUUUGAUUCCUUUCUCACUUAUGACGGUUCUGCUUCUGCAAUUCCAAAUGAUCGAAACUGUGUAAAAACGAGUAGACAGUGAAAGACAGGAACUGUCAUCCGUUGAUCUUGCUGCACUGGAAAGUCACUUAAGGGUGUGUUUGGUAUGGAGGAAAAUGGAACAUGCAGAAAUAAGUUGGUUUCUUAUUUAUUUUUCUGGUGUUUGCCUCCGUCCAUCUUUAAUUGUCUAAUAUACUCUUUUGGGAUGUACAAUCAUAUUUGUCAAAAUUUAUAAACAUAAUUUAUCAUUUUGUGUCUACUUUACUAUUGUCCAUUUUUGGCAACACUUGACAUGUUUAAGACCACAAAAUUAAAGGGCAUUUUGUUAUAUUUGGCAUAACUUUCAUUUAGAACCACAAGAAUUGAAAGUCUUAUUUUUUUUUUCUUAAAAUUCCGUUCCAAGUCAAACUAGGUCAUUUUUUUUUAAACGGAGGGAGUAGUUAAUAAGGGUGAAUUAGGAACUAGGUGAUAAACUAUUCAUUGAUUUUUCAUACUCCCUCCGUCCACAAAUGUUUGGCAGGUAUACUAAAAAUAGAUGUCCAAAAUUAUUUAGCAAUUUAAACAAUCAAGAAAUCAUUAGUUAUAUUUUAAUAAUUUUGCCCUUAAUUACUACUCCAUUUUGUUUACUUGAAAAGUUAUAUAGAUUUUUGAUAUUCUUACUUAUAUUAGUCAAACUACACAUUAUAUUAAAUUUUUCUUCAGGGCAGUGCAUGACCUACAAACAAUUGUGGACGAAGGGAGAAGUACUACAUAAACAAAAACGAGCAUUUCUUAAAAAAAAAUAUUUUUCAAAAAUUUUGAUCGACGAUAAAAUUUAAGAAUGUUUUCCUCCGUAUCAAACACACCCCAUGUUAAAUGAUAAAAAGCAUCUAUCUCCAGAUCUAAGUCACUUAUACCAACUACACAACACACGGCCAAGAACAUGAUUCUUUGCUUCUCUAUUACUUUAAUCUGUCACAUACAAGCAAGCACCUUUUGAUUGAGAAAAAGAAUAACAUUUCACCUCAACACACAGUAUUAUAGUAGUAAAUUAAAGAGAAACUCAAAAAGCUGCUAUAUAUCAAACAUGUUGUGCCAUUAAUUCUCCCAAAACUAAAAUAAGAACACAGAAAAAUUUACAAACAUGAACAGCAACAGGCCUCAUAAUUUUACACAACAUGGAAAUUGGAGCAAUGGAGAGUGGCAUGAUCCUAAUUCACAUGGACCUGAGUACAUAUGGCAACCUAUUAUCCCUCGUCCUCCGCCUCCACGAGAUAUCCCUCAGAAUCCUAGACGUGUCGUUCAUGAUCCACCGUUGCAAGUAACAGAGAGACCAUUUCUAGUACCUACUGGUGCAACAAGUUAUCCAUAUCCAGGCCAACCACGACGUAGGCUAACUCAUCCUCCUGUUCGCGUUCUACUCCAUAACGAUGAUGUACCAAGACAUGGAUCAUAUCAGAGACCAAGCCAACUUCCAUUCGAUUCUCCUCCUCCUCCGUGGUUUAUGCAGAGCAAUGAAACGUCGAGGAAUGAAUCAAAAUUGAGCCCAAAUGAGCAAAAGGCAGCCUUAAAUAAACUCAAGAAAGAAAUCUACAAUCCUGUACAAGCAAAAGUGGCAAAACAAGUGAACCUUUACUUUAGAGGCUUGAACAAUACUACCACCAACGAAUCGAUCAAGGACAAAGAUGAGGAUGGUAAAAGAUGUUCGAUUUGCUUGGAAGAUUUCGAGCCUAAAGAGAUUGUGACAGUCACACCAUGUAGUCAUAUGUUCCACGAAGACUGCAUCGUUCCAUGGGUGACAAAUCAUGGCUCGUGCCCUGUCUGUCGAUUUGCUAUCUGUGAAAGAAUGAAACAGGACACAACAGACUCAUCGACGACAAGGACUAGUAGAGCUACAAACACAAUGCCACCACAUGAAUUGAUGAUGGAAAGGGACCUGAUUACUAUAAUGAGAGCAUUUGAUGAAACUUUUGAAUUGGAUCAAAUUAGAUCCUUUCUCCUACCAAGAUUAACAAGAGGUUAAGUGUAUGUUGCUUAAGCUAUUAAGCUAAUGUAAUUUUCCUUUGAUUUAUUCACUUUCUGUUGAAGCAGAUAAUACUUGUAUGAAUACACAAUGACAACAUGACUUGAAUAAAAAAAAAUUGUCUCUUUCACAACUUGAUGUAUGAUAAGGUGUAGAUUCUACUA